AUGGCCAAUAUCAACUUAGGCUGGACCUCGGGCAUUCCGGUGGCUGAGUCAGCAAAUAAUGACGGGACCUCGAGAGGGCUGGGGCCGGCUCCACCGGGGCGAACUUCCAAGGAAGUGCCCGCCAUCGUGAAGAUCACUCUUUCAUACAUUCUGAUUUGCGGGAUGCAGUUCACAGGAGCAUUGCUCACUGUGGUGUUCAGUCUGGUUGUAAUAUCUUUCGGCUAUUGA